AUGGCGCUGCAGGCGCUGGCGUCGCGGCGGUCGCAGUACGUCGUCGGCGCGCUGUGCGCGCUGGUGCUGCUGCACCGGCUGGCGCGGGCGCCGGAGGUCCUCCGGGCGGACACGAGCAUGCUGCCCUUCGGGGCAGCCUCGAACCUGACCGCGGAGUUGCGCGCGCUCGACGCGACGCUCGCGCUGCUCGAGCGGCGGCUCAGACCCGCCGCCGCGGCACCCGCCACCGCCGCGCCGCCGGCGCAGGCGCGGCCGCGGCGGGGAAGAGACCGCGCGGACAUCGACGCGCGGCUUCGCGGCGUCGAGGCCGCGCUCGGCGAGGCCGGCGGCGGCGGCGGCGACGCGGCGGCCUUCCGGGGCCUCGACGCGCGGCUGCGGCGCGUCGAGGCGGCCGUCGCGGCGGGCGCCGCGGCGCGGGCCGCCGCGCCCGCGGCGGACGCGCCCGCGGCGGAAGCUCCGGCGGACGCGCCGGCGCCGCGGCCCGCGGCCCCUUCCAACGCGCCGCCGGCGCCCGCGCCGACGCAGGGCCCCGGCUACCGGGCGCGGCGGCUCGCCUUCAACGAGAGCCUGCCCCGCCUGCCCGCGCCCGUGUCGCCGGCCGCCUCCGGGCCGGCGACGCGCGGCGUGCUGUCCUUCAGCGGCAUCCUCGAGGCGUCGCGUUACGUCGAGGGCGGCGCCCAGCUCGGCGAGUUCAGCGUGAGCCUGUUCCUGCGGUCGCGGGCCGGCUGCCUGCCCUACGGCUGGCACCCGCGGAUCUACGCGUACGCCGACUACGACCGGGGCGGCCCCUGGCACGUCGGCGGCUGCUCGCUGCUCAACGCCGUCGUCGGCCGCACGGCGCCGGCGGCCUGGCGGCCCCUCUGGCGCAAGCGGCGCGCCUGCUGCCCCGCGGCGCCCGAGGACGAGCUCUUCGCGCCCGGCGGUUUAGGCGCGCGCGAGAAGGGCGAGCGGGCGCGCGUCAAGGACGUGCUCUGGAACGGGCCCCGCAGCGACUGGGGCCUGAGCCUGAGCGAGACGACGGGCCGCCUCCUCUUCGGCGUCGGCCACCGCGACUACGUCUACCGGCCGCGGUCCGGCCGGCCCGUGCGCGACGAGACCGUGGCGACGACGGGCCCGUCGCUCGUCGACGACGCCUGGCACUCCGUCGUCGCCGUGCGGCGGCGGCGCGCCGGCCCCGUCGCGGCCGGCGGCGGCGCCGUGCGCGACGGCGCGGCCUUCGACAAGUUCCAGGACAGCGAGCUCCUCGUCUACGUCGACGGCGCGCGCGCGGAGACCGCCGCGAACGCGACGGGCGGGCCCCUCGGCGCCGCGGCGACGGCGGCGGCGACGCGGGCGUUAGCACUGGCCGCCGGGGCGCCGGCGACGGACUACGGGCCGCCCCACGAGCUGUACGACGCGACGCACCGCGUGCCGCUCGGCCAGCUCUUCCGCGGCUGCCUGAGCGACGUCCAGAUCCACCGGCGCGCCUGGACGGCGCGCGACGUCGCCGCGUUCCACGCGAAGCGGCCCGCGGACGCGACGCCCUGCGAGCCGCCGCGGGCCCGGGGCAUGCCCGAGGCCGACGCGGCGCCGCGGCGGCCGCGGCGCGCGGCGCCCAUCCCCGUCUACUACCUCGCGCACACGGACGCUGGGUCCCUGGCCAUGCGCGACGCCUUCGUCGCGUCCGUCAAGGACGCGCCGGGCGACCUCGAGCUCCGCGAGGUCCUCGCGGGCGACCUCGGCGCGAGCCAGAAGGAGCGCUACGGCCCCAAGGGCCAGCUCAUCCACCGGGCGCUCACGGAGAACCCGGCGGGGACCCUGGUCGUCGUCGCCGACAUCGACAUCCGCUUCUUCCGCCCCCUGGCGCCCCUCUUGGAGGCCUACGCGGAGCGCCGGUCCGCGGACGCCGUGUUCCAGCGCGACGCGGACUGGUCCCUCGAGGCGAACCUGGGGCUCAUGGCGCUGCGCUGCUCCGCCCGCGUCGACGCCUUCUUCGCCGAGACGGCGGCCAUGGCCGCGACCUACGGCGCCGGCGACAAGGCGACGAUCAAGCGGCAGAACUCGGGCGUCAAGGGCGGCGACCAGCGCAUCGUCAACGUCGCGCUGAAGAACCCCGCGCGCGUGCCCGCGCUGCCGGCGAUCUCCUGGGCGCUGCUGCCCCACGAGCUCACGACGCGCACCAUCGACCUCCAGCGGGGCAUGAUGUACAAGCACGAGGAGGCGACCUACGGCUACCACCUCAACGACUUCGGCGGCGCGGGCACGACGCCGGAGAAGGCGCGCGAGAACAAGAUGGCCAUGCUCGCCCAGGAGGAGGCGGCCUUCAAGGAGGAGACAAACAAGGCCCAGGCGCUGUUGAUCAAGUACGCCCAGCACCCGCCGCCCUGGGACUAA